UACCUACGUGUUGACGUCAGCGGUCUCUUCCCUGCCUAUGCCCCGGUGAGGUGGGCAGCGUAACUUGUGUCUGUUUCUCCACACAGCGAAUCCCAAAACAUCCGUCAACAUGGUGAACUUCACCGUAGACCAGAUCCGUGCCAUCAUGGACAAAAAGUCCAACAUCCGUAACAUGUCUGUGAUUGCGCACGUCGAUCAUGGUAAAUCAACUUUGACUGACUCGCUGGUGUCCAAGGCUGGUAUCAUUGCUUCAUCUCGUGCAGGAGAAACACGCUUCACUGACACAAGAAAGGAUGAGCAGGAGCGCUGCAUCACCAUCAAGUCCACGGCCAUCUCUUUGUAUUAUGAGCUAACUGACAACGACGUGGCCUUCAUCAAGCAGUGCAAAGAUGGCGCUGGAUUUCUGAUCAACCUGAUUGACUCCCCUGGGCACGUUGACUUCUCUUCGGAGGUGACAGCUGCCCUGCGUGUCACCGAUGGAGCCCUGGUGGUGGUUGACUGUGUGUCUGGUGUGUGUGUGCAGACUGAGACCGUGCUCAGGCAGGCUAUUGGAGAGAGGAUCAAGCCUGUUCUGAUGAUGAACAAGAUGGACCGUGCCUUGCUGGAGCUGCAGCUGGAGCCUGAGGAACUGUACCAGACCUUCCAGCGUAUUGUGGAGAAUGUCAAUGUCAUCAUUUCCACCUACGGAGAGGAUGAGAAUGGACCAAUGGGCAACAUCAUGAUUGAUCCAGUCGUGGGAACAGUUGGAUUUGGAUCUGGACUGCACGGAUGGGCCUUCACCCUCAAACAGUUUGCUGAGAUGUACGUGAUGAAGUUUGCUGCUAAGGGUGAUGCCCAGCUGGGACCAGCAGAACGCUGCAAGAAGGUGGAGGACAUGAUGAAGAAACUGUGGGGUGACAGGUACUUUGACCCAGUCACUGGUAAAUUCAGCAAGAGCCCUAAUGGACCAGAGGGCAGGAAGCUCCCCAGAACUUUUGCCCAACUCAUCUUGGACCCCAUCUUCAAAGUUUUUGAUGCCAUCAUGAACUUUAAAAAGGAUGAAACUGCCAAGCUGAUUGAGAAAUUGGACAUCAAGCUGGACGCUGAGGAUAAGGAGAAGGAGGGCAAGCCCCUGUUGAAGGCUGUGAUGCGUCGCUGGCUGCCAGCUGGAGAAGCCCUGCUUCAGAUGAUCACCAUCCAUCUUCCAUCUCCUGUCACUGCUCAGAGGUAUCGUUGUGAGCUCCUGUACGAAGGACCUGGAGACGAUGAGGCUGCAAUGGGUAUCAAGAACUGUGACCCUAAAGCUCCCCUAAUGAUGUACAUCUCAAAGAUGGUGCCAACUACCGACAAGGGUCGUUUCUAUGCCUUUGGGCGUGUCUUCUCUGGCUCUGUGUCCACUGGCCUGAAGGUGCGCAUUAUGGGACCAAAUUACACCCCUGGAAAAAAGGAGGACCUUUACCUCAAGCCCAUCCAGAGGACCAUUUUGAUGAUGGGUCGCUAUGUUGAGCCUAUUGAGGAUGUGCCCUGCGGAAAUAUUGUGGGGCUGGUAGGCGUGGACCAGUUUUUGGUGAAGACCGGGACCAUCACCACCUUUGAGCAAGCCCACAACAUGCGUGUGAUGAAGUUCAGUGUCAGCCCUGUGGUGAGAGUGGCAGUAGAGGCCAAGAACCCUGCCGACCUGCCCAAGCUGGUGGAGGGUCUAAAACGUCUGGCCAAGUCUGACCCCAUGGUACAGUGUAUCAUUGAGGAGUCUGGAGAGCACAUCAUUGCUGGAGCUGGUGAGCUGCAUCUUGAGAUCUGCCUGAAGGAUCUUGAGGAGGACCAUGCCUGCAUUCCAAUUAAGAAAUCCGACCCAGUUGUGUCUUACAGAGAGACCGUGUCUGAUGAGUCCAAAAUCAUGUGCCUGUCUAAGUCUCCAAACAAGCAUAACCGUCUGUUCAUGAAGGCUCGUCCCAUGGCUGAAGGCCUGCCCGAAGACAUUGACAAGGGUGACGUCACAGCCAGGCAGGAGAUGAAGGCCCGUGCCCGUUACCUGGCCGAGAAGUACGAGUGGGAGGUAACAGAGGCCCGUAAGAUCUGGUGCUUCGGUCCUGACGGAAAUGGCCCCAAUGUUCUGGUGGAUGUGACUAAGGGAGUGCAGUACCUUAAUGAGAUCAAGGACAGUGUUGUGGCUGGUUUCCAGUGGGCCACCAAAGAGGGUGUGCUGUGUGAGGAGAACAUGCGUGGUUGUCGCUUUGACAUUCAUGAUGUCACCCUUCAUGCUGAUGCCAUCCACCGUGGUGGUGGCCAGAUCAUUCCUACAGCCCGCAGAGUGCUUUAUGCCUGCCAGCUCACAGCUGAGCCCAGGCUUCUUGAACCUGUCUACCUGGUGGAGAUCCAGUGUCCUGAGGCUGUUGUUGGUGGCAUCUAUGGUGUACUGAACAGAAAGAGAGGUCUGGUGUUUGAGGAGUCCCAGGUUGCAGGAACACCCAUGUUUGUGGUCAAGGCCUAUCUGCCUGUCAAUGAGUCUUUCGGAUUCACCGCUGACCUUCGCUCCAACACCUCUGGCCAGGCCUUCCCACAGUGCGUGUUUGACCACUGGCAGAUUCUGCCUGGUGAUCCCAUGGAGCCAAACUCCAAGCCAAGCCAGAUUGUGGCUGACGCACGCAAGCGUAAGGGUCUCAAGGAAGGUGUUCCAGCUCUGGAUAACUACUUGGACAAAUUGUAAAGCUCCUGUUUCAUUCCUUUUCCUUUCCCCACUCCCCUUCCCCCUCUAUUGAGGGACUGGACUGUACAGAACACAUGAGCACUAAUGCUUGCCAAAAGUAAAGACAACAUCUGAUCAAUAAAUCUAAACAUUAAUAAAGUACAAUAAAAAUUG